GAGGGUGAGGGUGAGGUGACAGGUGAGUAGGACCGACGACAGUCACGGUGAGGGUGAGGGUGAGGUGAGUACGACCGACGACAGUCAGUCAUAUGGCGAUGCAUCCUCAGGCUGCUCAACUCCUCGCCCUCAUCCUCCUCCUGUCUACCGGAGACGGCAUCCUCGCCGUCGGCACUCCGUCCACGAUCAUCACAAGGACAUGCGCCGCUGUCGGCCGAUCCGGUGGGCAACUGGGUUACGAGUACGACUCCUGCGUGGGCGCACUCUCGGCCGACCCGGCGGCCGCGUCCGCCAAGGACACACGUGAGCUCGCCGUCGUGGCCACCAGCCUCACCAUGGCCAACGUCACGUCGACGGUGCUCGUCGUCGAGGACCUCGUCAAGAACCUCGGCGGCUGCCUCCGCUACUACAGGGAGAUGAACAGGACCCUGGAGGGCGCGCUGGGUGACCUCCGUGCCGGGCGCGUCGAAGCGGCGUCCGACAAACUGUUGGAGGCCAACCAAGAUCCCGACAGGUGCGACCUGCUCUUGUUCGAGGGGAGCGCGAACAAGAACCCAUUGGGCAAGGAGAACAUCUACGCCGACUGGCUCUCCCAACUGGCAUAUGCGAUUGCUACCUUGCCGGCGCCGGAUCCUCGGCACCGACGUCAAGUUUAACUCUUGGUCUCAUGCGGCUUAUUAAUCUAGCUACGCAGCUAGAUGGUGAUUGAUUUGAUUUCCCGUUUUUCGAUCGAUCGCAUAAA